AUGUCCAUGCAAGCAUGGCAAUCGAAUCCCGAUCUUCUAGAAAAUUCCGAAUUUACCGUUACUCGACCUCGAAAUCUGAACAUCAUCUAUCCAACCGAUCAACGAAUCUAUCGAUCGACCAGUUUGGGUGGUGGUUUGAAUUCUUCAAGUUUUCUCAACUCGCCAGACGACUAUGAGCUAUUCUACACGCCGCGUGCAACUUUCAACCAUAGAGUCCCCGACAAGCUUCUGAUUCCGGAUAUCGUGCUGAAUUCCGGGUCAUCUGAUGCGGGAAAAUCUGGAAGACGUGGAUUUUCUCCAAAACGGUUUACCGUUAAUCAGAGGAUGCAAAAGAAUCGGCGCUUCGACACGUCAUCACCGUUCAAGCAUCGUGAUGUAAGAGAUCUUCUGAAGUCUGCUAAGCGACGUUUGAACAAGAUCACCGGCGAAGAAGGUAGAGUUCAAUUCGCUUUAUCGCAAACGCCACCGGUCGAAACCGUCAUUGCUUCGGGACCAACACCGCCUCGUCAUCAGCACAGCGCCGGGAUAUCGAAUACAAGUGCGACGACGCAUCAUACACUGUCUCCAGUGAUACAGUGCUUUCAAAAUGAUAAGAGAACUAUUCAACUAGAGAAUCAAACUAGAGGAAUUUAG